ACAAAGCCCCGGUCAGUCAAGUCCUGUUCCAAUUUCUGACCGAGUUAAAGCUAAGACUGAAAACAUGCAGUGCAAAUUUACAGACUCGUUAGUCCUCAUUUUUUCGCUUGUAUUUCCACUUGCGUCGUAUGGUUAUUCUCCUCCUGUUUCUGGCUCUCACUCCAUAAGGAUGUUUGCAACGUACAUUAAAGGAAAAACGCCAUUUCCUGAAUUAAGUGGUGUAGUUAUGCUGGAUGAUAUCAGAGUUCUGUACUAUAAUGGUGUUACAGAUAGUUUCUUAGCAAGAGGAAACACAACAGCUGAAGAUGAUGUGUUUGAUCCAGACGAUCUCGAAAAUAUUAAAGGGUUUAUAAAAUCAGAGUUUAGUUUUUUAAAUGCACAAAACACCUUUACUAAAACUGAUGGUAUUUUUGUCUCUCAAAUUCUGGCAAUGUGUGAGCUAAAGGAUGAUGGUGAACCAGGACAAAUGAUUGGACAAGAUGCUUUCGAAAGAUUAACCAUAUUUACGGUGCUAUAUGCUGACAAUAAAUGUACCAUCGACAUCAACUUAAACAUCUCACAGGAACAAAAAGAAAAAAUUAUUGAAGGAGUCAAAAACUAUUAUAGAAAUCUAAUCCAACCAUUCUGCUAUAAGACACUCAAGGUUUACCUUAAGAAAAGGAAGGAUCAAGUCAAUAGAAAAGUGGAACCAAAAGUCAGAAUAUUUCACAAAGCAAACUUGGACUUUGGAGGUUUUCGUGUGAGCUGUUUGGCGACAGGAUUUUACCCUCGUCACAUCAACCUGACCUUGUUAAGAGAUGGACAGCCUGUAUCUGAUCAUGAGUUCACUGGAGGAGAUCUGCUGCCCAAUGGAGACGGGACGUACCAGAUGAGAAAGAGUCUGGAGAUCAGAGCAGAGGACAGUGAAAAACACAAAUACACCUGCUCUUUUAAACACCUGGACAAAGAAUGGCACAUUGAUUUGGCUGAACCUCACAGAAACACCAUAUGGAUCGCUGUUUCUGUCCUGUUGGUAUGUGCUAUAAUUGUUGGUUUGGCAAUGCUUAUUUGGAAGAGAUACCAAACAGCAAGACAGAGAGAAAAUGAACCAAAUAACCACCAAACUACACAUAUGAAUGCACCUGAAGAUGUGGAUCUGAUGGAUCACUCCAGGGUGGAGUAACACAUAUCCUUAUUUAUGUCUUUAUGAUUAUUAAUCAAAUUGAAUGUUUGAGGGGCUAGAUUAUUUGACCUCAGUGUCAUUCUUUUUUAGAGUAAAACUGGAAUGAUAGGUGUGACAUUGCUGUUUUUGUGUGCCAAAUGAUUUGUUUCCUCAGGAUCUACAAAGCCUGAUCCGAGGUAAGCGAGACCUCUUGAGUGGAACUAAACUCUUGAUGAAUUGGAAACAACUGGUUCCCGAGUUAUUUGCCAUUUUUUUGUGUUCUUUUAAAGUAAAUUCCUUUGCAUGCACUGAUUGUACCAGUUUUGAGUCAGUUUUGAUAACAUGGCUGAGAGUACAAGAAACAGCCUUGAGUAGGAAAUAGAUUGUACUUUGUGUAUGUUCUAUUCAUUUGUGGAUCAUAUUUACAGCUCUGAAUAGCCUUGUGACUGUCAGAUUUUUGCUUGCUUGAUGGAGAAGUAAUCAUUAGAGAUAUUGUUCAGAACUGUAUGCACACACACGCAUGGAAAUUUUCUAAGUCUAUCUGUCUAUUGGUUCUAACCAAUCAGCUUAAAACACCUACAGUAUAUGUAUUGUUUUGAGAUUGCAAGUAGAGCAGCUUAUGAACUCUGUGCGAGUGUUGAAGCUGGCUUCUGCUUGAUGAAAAUGCAGCUAUCCUCAGUAAACUUUCUUUGAG